AUGACUCUUUGGAUCAACUCCUUUCCCGUCUACCUCCCCUACUUCCUCACAAAAUUCAACAUCAAAGACCAAAAUGUCGGCUACUGGGUCGGCGUCUGUUCCGCCACCAUGUCCAUCGUCAGUGGCCUCACAGCGCCCUUAUGGGGACAACAGUCGGAUCGUCGUGGCCGCAGACCGGCCUUUGUACUCGCCACUUUCGUCUUUCUCAUGUCGGCGCUGGUUUUUGGCUUCGCGCCCGCCCUGUGGACCGUGUUGCUUGUCAUGGGUUUGGUGGGAUUUGCUACCGGUGUUACGCCUGUUCUUCAUACAAUUGUUGCGGAGCUGGUGCCUCAGAAACAGCUGCAGCCCAGGGCAUUCAGUCUGAUACCCCUCAUGUGGACUAUAGGUAGUUUCAACUCUCUGCCUGGAAGUAUGGUCGGUCCCAUCAUUGGCGGCUUCACCAUCACGAACACACACACCCAAGGGACAUCGAGUCAAAAGCGCAGCAUUCUCACAACCUUCCCAUUCAUACUCCCCAAUCUCAUCGUAUCCAUCCCCCUCACGGUAUCUCUCAUAGCCAGCAUCCUAUUCCUAUGGGAAACCCUUGAAGGAAAACACACAAACGACCCUGGCCUGCAAGCAGGAUCAACCAUCCGCCGCCUCUAUUCCCAACUCUUCCACCGCAAACUCUCUAAAGAAGCCCAAAACCACAGCUACCACCCCCUCUCAGCAACCGACACCGAAUCAUCACCACAACCAAACAUCGAGCUCAGCCCCCCUCUCGCAACCACAUCCCACAGCCUCUUCACCUCCUCCAUCUUCACCCGCCAAUCCCUCUUAACAAUCCUCUACAUCUGCUUCCUCCAAUCCCACAGCAAAAUAUGCGACGAAUUCCUCCCCCUCUACAUGCAAUCCGACUCCCUCCCCAACACCCCCCUUCCAUCCAUCCUCUCCACCGCAGGACUCGGCAUGUCCCCCCGCACAACAGCAAUAUACCUCACAGCUUAUGGCUUCGGCGCCAUCAUCAUCCAGAUAUUCAUAUACCCCCCCGUCGCCGCUCUUCUAGGCGUCCUGAACCUCCUUCGCGUCGUUUCACUCGCCUACCCCGUCUUAUACUUCUUCACGCCGUACAUUUCACGACUCGCAGGGCCAGGACAGGCCAUCCUCCUGGUCGUACUACUGCUGUGUAAAGCAUUCUGCGGGAUAUGUGCGUUUCCAAGCUCGAAGAUCGUUUUGUGUAGCGCGGCGCCUAGUAAGAGCGCGCUGGGGCGGUUGAACGGCGUGAGCGCCAGUACCCAGCAGUUGGUGAGGGCUGUUGUUGCGGUUGUGGUGGGCAAGUUGUUCUCUGUGGGGUUGGAAGAGAAGAUGAUUGUGUUGCCGUGGUGGGCUUUGUGUCUGAUUAGUGUCGGGGGUGCUAUUACGGUGUUUUGGUUGGAGUAUGUGGAGGAUUAG